AUGUUACUUUAACCAAAAAAUACGUAGGUUUAGCUAGAAUCAUUGUUAGGAACUAAAGAAUACGAGGUAAACAAAUGGGAUGAAAUAAAAGGAAAAAUAGCAAAGGUUAAAAUUUAAAUCACUAUCACAACAGAAAACUAAAUAAUUUACUCAUUGGAUGGUGUAAUUUUGAGAAAGUAUGUGAUCAUUUUAUUUACUCAAGGGAAUUCUUUCAAAACGAUACUAGAAAUCCAGAAAUUUUGACCUCAAUGGAAUAAAUCUAAUUCCUUAAAUGGUAAGGUCAAUAUGGACUGAACAAAAGAAAAUUAGGUAAAUGGACAGCAACUUGGAAUGGGCAUAAUAUUUGGAAAGUUAGUGGAUACUAUGAGAACGGUUUAAAGUAAGGUUUAUGGAUAAGUUUAUGAAAGUGGAGAAUACAUUAAUGAUUAAAAAUCAGGAAGAUGGAAUUACAUCUAUGAUAACAAAACUAUGUAUUAGUAUCUGUUUAAUUAGUGGUGGAGGCUAAUAUAAUGAAUAUAAUUAGAAGAAAGGUAAAUGGAUAGAAUUAAGUGAGGCCUUUCAGAACGAGAAAAAAUUAACUUUUAGUUUUGAUUAUAAAAAUGGGAAAAAAGUUGGUAUGUAGGAUAUCUUUUGGAAUAAUGUGAGAAUGUAAAAAAUAAUAUUUAAAGAGAAUUUAAUAAUAAUAAUAAAUUUUUUUGUUUAAGUGGGGGUGGAUAAUAUGAUGAUAAAGGUACUGAGAUUAAGUAGGGUAAUUGGGUAGAAAUAUCAGAUAAUUUCAACUUCACAUCUUAAGUAACAUACAAUGGCUAAUAUACAAAUGGUAAAAAAAUUAGUAGAUGGAAUAUUUGGUAUAAAGACGUUGAAAUGGGAUUUGAAAAAACUAAUAUAAUGAUGUAUAAAUAUUAUACAAAGUUCCAAUAGAGGUGGUGGAUCAUAUGAUAUAACUGGUACCGGACUUAAGUAGGGUAAUUGGAUGGAAAUAUCUGAUAAUUUUUAUUGUGUUUCUUAAGUAAUGUACAAUGGUGAAUAUAAAAAUGGUAAAAAAAUCGGUAGAUGGAAUAUAGAGUAUAAAGGAGAUUAAAUGUAAAUAAUAUUUUAUUUAAAAGGACAACUCAUAGAGGGGGUGGAUCAUAUGAUGAAGCAGGUGAUGAACUUAAGUAGGGUAAUUGGACUGAAAUAUCAGAUAAUUUUUGGAAUCUUUCUUAAGUAACAUAUAAUGGUAGCUAUAUGAAUGGUAAAAAAAUCGGUAGAUGGAAUAUUGAGUAUAAAGGAGAUUAAAUGUAAAUAAUAUUUUAUUUAAAAGGACAACUCAUAGAGGGGGUGGAUCAUAUGAUGAAGCAGGUGAUGAACUUAAGUAGGGUAAUUGGACUGAAAUAUCAGAUAAUUUUUGGAAUCUUUCUUAAGNGAUAAGUUUAUGAAAGUGGAGAAUACAUUAAUGAUUAAAAAUCAGGAAGAUGGAAUUACAUCUAUGAUAACAAAACUAUGUAUUAGUAUCUGUUUAAUUAGUGGUGGAGGCUAAUAUAAUGAAUAUAAUUAGAAGAAAGGUAAAUGGAUAGAAUUAAGUGAGGCCUUUCAGAACGAGAAAAAAUUAACUUUUAGUUUUGAUUAUAAAAAUGGGAAAAAAGUUGGUAUGUAGGAUAUCUUUUGGAAUAAUGUGAGAAUGUAAAAAAUAAUAUUUAAAGAGAAUUUAAUAAUAAUAAUAAAUUUUUUUGUUUAAGUGGGGGUGGAUAAUAUGAUGAUAAAGGUACUGAGAUUAAGUAGGGUAAUUGGGUAGAAAUAUCAGAUAAUUUCAACUUCACAUCUUAAGUAACAUACAAUGGCUAAUAUACAAAUGGUAAAAAAAUUAGUAGAUGGAAUAUUUGGUAUAAAGACGUUGAAAUGGGAUUUGAAAAAACUAAUAUAAUGAUGUAUAAAUAUUAUACAAAGUUCCAAUAGAGGUGGUGGAUCAUAUGAUAUAACUGGUACCGGACUUAAGUAGGGUAAUUGGAUGGAAAUAUCUGAUAAUUUUUAUUGUGUUUCUUAAGUAAUGUACAAUGGUGAAUAUAAAAAUGGUAAAAAAAUCGGUAGAUGGAAUAUAGAGUAUAAAGGAGAUUAAAUGUAAAUAAUAUUUUAUUUAAAAGGACAACUCAUAGAGGGGGUGGAUCAUAUGAUGAAGCAGGUGAUGAACUUAAGUAGGGUAAUUGGACUGAAAUAUCAGAUAAUUUUUGGAAUCUUUCUUAAGUAACAUAUAAUGGUAGCUAUAUGAAUGGUAAAAAAAUCGGUAGAUGGAAUAUUGAGUAUAAAGGAGAUUAAAUGUAAAUAAUAUUUUAUUUAAAAGGACAACUCAUAGAGGGGGUGGAUCAUAUGAUGAAGCAGGUGAUGAACUUCAGUAGGGUGUUUGGAUGGUAAUAUCAGAUAAGUUCUAUUGUGUUUCUUAAGUAAUGUACAAUGGUGAAUAUAAAAAUGGUACAAAGGUGGGUGUAUGGGUAUAAAUGUAGAGAAAAUAAGAGAAAAUGGAGGAAGGAUUCAAAAAAAUAAAAGAAAUCAAAUAUAAUAAUUGA